CGUUUUAAAAAAAUUCUGGGUCAUUUUCUGCCUCCGUAGACCAACUACAGCAUUGGUGAACGCUUCUUUCUUCUGGGAUUCUCCGACUGGCCAUCGCUCCAGCCGCUACUCUUCGCCCUCAUGCUCUUCUGUUACCUCCUUACCCUGGUUGGCAACUCGACCCUCGUGUUCUUGGCGGUCCGUGACCCCCGCCUCCACGCGCCUAUGUACUACUUCCUCUGCCACCUCGCCCUGGUGGACGUAUGCUUUACCACCAGCGUUGUUCCGUUGCUGUUGGUCAACCUCGGGGGCUUGGCGAGGGCGCUGUCCCGCGCUGGGUGCAUGACCCAGCUCUACCUCUUUCUGGCUCUGGGUUCCACUGAAUGCGUCCUUCUGGCCGUGAUGGCGCUGGACCGCUCGGCUGCCGUGUGCCGUCCGCUCCAUUACACAGCCCUGGCCUCGCCGCGCCUCUGCCGGGCGCUAGCGGCUGCCUGUUGGCUGAGUGGGUUCACCAAUUCGCUGGCGCAGACCAUAUUACUGGCCACGCGGCAGUUGUGCGGGCCCCUGCGCGUGGACCACUUCAUCUGCGAGCUGCCAGCCCUGUUGAAACUGGUUUGCGGGGGCGGGGGCGCCGUGGAGCGGCAGAUGUUUGCUGCUCGGGUAGUUAUACUGCUGGUGCCCUCUGCUGUCAUCCUGGUCUCCUAUGGGGCUGUCGGCCGGGCUGUGUGGAAGAUGAAAUCCCAGACAGGGAGGAAAAAAGCAAUGGCGACCUGCGGUUCCCACCUCACCGCUGUCUGUCUGUUCUAUGGUUCUGCCAUCUUCACAUACCUGCAGCCCACACAUAGUUACUCCCAAGGGCAGGGCAAGUUCGUCUCCUUGUUCUACACUGUGGUCACUCCUGCCCUCAACCCCAUCAUCUACACCCUGAGGAACAAGGAGGUGAAGGGGGCAGCGAAAAGGCUUCUGGGCAGA